AUGGACCAGCUGAGGCAGCUCAGGUGGAUACGGCUCAAGGACUCUUCAACGUCACUCACGAAAUUUGCGAACACCUCGGAUGAAAAUGUCGAGGGAAAGAAACGAGUGGAAAAGGUGCAGGGCUUCAAGUCCAGUGAAGACAAGCCAUCUGAGUAUCUAAGCAAGUCUGACACUAUUUCGGAACUUGUUGGACGAACAUUAUAUAAAAACUUCUACAAUUCUCCACUUUAUCUUGCUAAAAGAUAA